GGCGACGGGGAGAGCGUCCAACUUGCGAUGGCUGAAUACGUAUAUAGAUAGGCGCGCUCAGCGGCAGGCCUGCCAGCAUCCAGACAUUCAGAUAUCGUGGUCCCUGCGGAGGACUCGGGUGCUCCCAUCAUGUCACCGCUGCUGCUACUCGUUCUGGCCUUCGCGUCGGCCGUUCUCACGGGUUCGGUGCAGGCAAAUCAGCACGCUUGGGGAGCUGAUCCGGUCGCCGGUGGCGCGUCGCAGUUGGACGAGGAGUUUCCCGAACCGGGUGAAGAGGAGCCGGCUAACAAGACGUUGAUCUGGCCCAGCAACACCCGCUGGUGUCAAUGCGUCGGCAACGAGUGUGGCUGCUGCUUCAACAUGUCUGCGCCACGCUUCGGCAUCAAGGACAAAGCCUGCACCAACCUGACAUACUACCCCGACCAGUACGCCCUGAGCUUCACCAUCUCAAUCGACGACAACGUUGUCCUGAAUCGAACUGUGUCAGGCCGCGAUCCGCCGCCCAUCUGCUGGCCCGAGCAGCUGGCACAGCUGUGCGUCCGCUUCUACAACAUGACCUAUCAUCGGGCGGAGGUGGACGGCUGCGUGCGGCUCGAGGGCGUCAUCGCACACGAGGUCAUCGUCAGCUACAACGUCGGCUGCUACGUGCUCGAAGACGAUGCCGUCAAGACGCGCAUCUCGGGGCUCCGUCGAUUGCUUGUUGACGCAAUCCGCCGCCGUAAGCGCCCGGAUCUCUGGCCAGAGGGCGUCAACGACGUUGGCGACAAGAGGGAGAGAUGAUGUGCUCCUUGUUA